AGACAGUCCACAUACCCCUGAUCUUAAGGUAAAGACCUGCUUCUCUGUUGUGCACUGAUCUUCCUCUUGUUCUAAACAGAUAAACAUGAUUCUGAAAUUAGUAAUCUUCACCCUGUCACUCUCAUCGACUUUAGCUUAUCCUGUGCACAGUGACUCCAGGGAGGCAGCCUGGGUUGACUCAAAGGCUAACCACGUAUAUGACAAGACAGACCUCUCAAAAGACGUGCAUAGGAUUUACAAGAGCAUGAUAGAUAGUAGUGGUCUUUACACCCUUGAAAGUUAUGACAUCAAACAUCCCCUUGCAGAGGAAAUGCAGCACAAGCUCACCAUGGAGUCAGAGCGCCUGCGUGCCCGUCUGCGCCAGGAGCUGGCCGAGCUGCGGGAGAGGUUAUCUCCAUCUCCAGCACAUCUCAGCGCCAUCCUGGACAGCAUGAGGGAACGCUUGAAUCCCCUCACAGAGCAGCUCCAGAGCUCCUUCAGCAGCAACACCCAGGAUCUGUGCAGUCAACUUAGACUGUACCUGCAGGGCCUGGAGAAAAAGGCAACUAAGGCAGAGGCCAGUCCUGCUCUCCAUCAAGAAGCUUUCCAGGGAAUUAGCCAAACCCUGGAGCUCAGCAGUAUUAAGUUAGCCGGCCUCAUCAGUGACUUCCAAACCUCAGCAAAUGGUGUGAUUGAACAUUUGAAGCAAAAAAGUGAUGCUGAAGAAGGCACAGCUGGCUCAGAGGUCUGGCAGGCAAUGAGCUCCAAACUGGGGCAAGAUCUGAAUUCACUGAGGGAGGAGGCACAGAGCAGGGUGGGAGCUCUCAGAGCACAGCUGGAAGCUCUGCUGGAGUCUUCUCAGCCUCCUCAGACUGAAAUGGCAGAUGGUUUGGAGCAAUUCUGCCACAAUGCAGCUCUGCAGAGUCAGGUGCUGCCGGCCCGGAUGGAGAGGCUGUUUAUAGGUGUAGAGGAGGAGGCUGGAGGCACCUCGGCCCUACUGCUGCCUUCUUCAUCUAUGCAAGAAGGUGGAUCUUUGCGGGAAGACUUCUCAGUUAAACUCUCUGCUCUGAUCCAGGAUAUUAUGCACUCUGUGCAGUAACAAAAACAUGCACUUAACCAAACAAAAGCAUAACCAUUCAUCUUCGUUUUUGUCAUUUUAUCAGUACGGAAAACUGCUUGUAAAUAUGAUUGAAAGAAAAAUGCAUAAAUUCUGAUGACUCGUUUUUUUCUGUAUUUGAAUGAUAAAGUAUUAUUACCUUUUUUACUCCAUGUAUAAGUUGCUACCUUUGUAAAGUAUCUUGUUAUACAACUGUAAAAACAACAUGUAAGAGUUUUGCUGUGUGUCUUAUCAGUCAUUUAAGAGAGCAGAACUAUGAUCACUUCAUUCACUUUUAUUUAAGAAAGACUGUCUAUAUUUAAAUUAAAGUCCUUUCAACCAUUAUUGUGAAAGAUUUCCAAGCAUAAGGUCACAGAAUAGAUGUUUGGCAGAAAGGUCUUACAACCAUGUCAAAAAGAAAAUUGCGAUCAGGCAUUUCAGUUAAACUCUGAUCGGAUCCAGGACAUGUGCAUUUUGCCCUUUGCACUUAAACAAGCAUCUAAAAUAAUCGGUUUUCACCUGUAUUCCUGCCCAGAAUUGUUGCUUGUUUGUUUGCCUCUGUUCCAGUGUGGAUAGCUGGUGGUAAAUAUGUCGAAAUGACUGAAUCAAGAAUUUAGAUGAUUCAGUUCGUAAAUGACUGAGUAAAUAUUGGCAUCUCUAUUUUAGACGAAUGUAAAAAAAAACGUUGUUGCCUGUGUAAAGUAUACUUUAUUAGUAAAAAAAGAGUUAAGAACCAA